GGGGACCCCGGCGGCGGCGGCGGCCGCCCCGGAUAGCGUCCCCUAGGGCGGAGCUGGCUUUCCCGGGAGGCCGCGCCGAGUAUCGGGCCUGCGUGCCCCGCGGGCGGCCCAGCUCCAGGGCUGGGUCCCGGGCUGCGGGAGCCCGCUUCCCGCCUCCAGGGGUCAGCGGUGGCCGCUGGGUCCCGGCGCGGGCGGCCCAGCACCUCCGACCUUGCUCUUCCAGUCGCCGAGGUGGCCGGCCGACCCCUGGGCGGCCCGUGCAGACGGCCGCCAUUCCCGUGUCGCUGCGCCCGCGGGGGCCGCCCGAGCCGGCCAGCAUGCCGCUGGGCCUGAAGCCCACCUGCAGCAUGUGCAAGACUACGUCGUCCUCCAUGUGGAAGAAGAGUCCACAGGGCGAGAUCCUCUGCCAUCACUGCACGGGCCGGGGCGGCGGCGGCGCGGGAGUGGCGGGCGGGACCGGGGGCGGUGGCGGCGGCGGCGGUGGCUUCGGCACCACCACCUUCGCCACCACCUCGGCCGGUCCUUCGCAGAGCAACGGGGGCGGCGGCGGCAAGCAGAGUAAGCAAGAAAUUCACAGAAGGUCGGCCCGGCUCAGAAAUACCAAAUACAAAUCGGCUCCAGCUGCUGAAAAGAAAGUUUCCACGAAAGGAAAAGGGAGAAGACAUAUUUUUAAGUUAAAAAAUCCUAUCAAAGCGCCUGAAUCUGUUUCUACCAUAGUCACUGCAGAGUCAAUCUUCUACAAGGGAGUAUAUUACCAAAUUGGUGACGUUGUUUCUGUGAUUGAUGAGCAAGAUGGGAAGCCGUACUAUGCUCAGAUCAGGGGCUUUAUUCAGGACCAGUACUGUGAGAAGAGUGCCGCGCUGACAUGGCUCAUUCCUACCCUCGCCAGUCCCAGAGACCAGUUUGAUCCUGCAUCAUAUAUAAUAGGGCCAGAGGAAGAUCUUCCAAGGAAGAUGGAGUACCUGGAAUUUGUCUGCCACGCGCCUUCUGAGUAUUUCAAGUCAAGGUCCUCACCAUUUCCCACGGUUCCCACCCGACCGGAGAAGGGCUACAUAUGGACUCACGUUGGACCUACUCCUGCGAUAACUAUUAAGGAAACAGUUGCCAACCACUUGUAGUUACAAAACCAAACCUGGGACAUACUUACUUCGCAGGUAUAAAGCCUCAGUUUUAACCCUAGAACACACACAUCCCAAAAUAAAGCCAGGUUUCCAGUUUCCUUCUAUUUAUAAUAUAACAAGAUAUGCCACACUCAUUUCUCUUUAUAAACCUUUUUCUCUAAGUUCUUGAGAUAGGGUCUCAUGUAUAGCCCAGGUUCAGGUUGGCUUGGCCUUGAGAUCCCUGCCUCGUCUGCCUUGUGUGACAGGUGUGUUAUGUAGGUAGUUAACGCCAGAACUUCUUCAUGAAGUUCUUACCUGGAAACAGGACUUGAGAAAAAUGUUACCUACUACCCAGUAGUUGUAUUACCUGCUUAGUGCCUGUUGCUUAGAAAAUCACAGGGUGAAAAAAGAAUGAAUUGAAGUGAAAUAAUAAAUUUAAUAUGUAUUUUCCCAGGCAAAGUGGCAGAUUCCAGGGAAAUCAUUAUAAACAUGUAGUGUCUAUUUUUCUUUAUAAUUUAUUUCUAUGAACUCAUAAAAUGAAUUACAUUUUUAUUGGUGUAAAACACUAAGUUUUAGAUUUCUCUCUUUUAUUCUCUCUCUUCUCUCUGCCUCUGUCUCUCUCUACUUUUCUUUUCUGUUUUUUUUUUUUUUUUUUUUUUUAACCUAGAAUCUCACUCUGUACUCCUGGCUGUCCUACUCAUUCUGUAGACCAGACUGGCAUUGAACUCAAGAGAUCUGCUUGCUUCUGCUUCCCAAGUACUGGGACUAAAGGUGUGCGCCGCCAUGCCAGGCUUAAGUUUUAGAUUUCUGAUCAAGAACUAAACCAAAAUGUGAGCAGUAUGUCUUACAAAGCCACAGUCUUCUCUCUCGAAGCAGACCUUGGCUGCUUUAGUCCUGUAGAAAGCAGCUGCUGGGUGAUGGGUUAGCUCUGGCUCUUCACACUGAUCUCACACCAGAGCGGUCAGCCACUUCUGUAGACCUGCCUUUGCCUGUCAGCAUCAGCUGCUUCAGCCAGAUCUUUGAUCUGCAUGCAGCAUCCCCUCCUCUUACUGAGGCAGCAGCCUCUGUGAGAGUGGCCUGACGAUUGCUAAGGCAGGGACUGAAAGGUCAUUAGUUUUGAUAGUCAAAAAACUCAAACCCAGACCAUGUGCUGGAAAUUUGGAUGGUGUGCUUUGGUUGUAUGAUGGGGGAGUGGGCAGGUACCCACUUGCUGCCUCUGUCCUCAUCUAUCCAGACAGACCGUUUUAACUAUAGGAAUUUAUGAGAAUUUGACUUGAUCUUAAUGAUUUUCAUCAAAACUCUUUUACCCUUUUUCUUUAGUCCCAAAGUUGGAAAAAAGCACCUUCGUGCUUACAUAAGGUAUAAUAAAGUUCAUUGGAAAUACUAUUGAAAAUGAUUUUCUAAAUGCUAAUAUUCCAGUUUUUGAUUAAAAAAUAUUUCUACAGUG